AGCGGCACUGCUGCAGCAUCGCCCAGCUGCACGAGCACUACUCCCUGGGCUACCCCGACCUCGACGAGCUCCAGAAGAACCCCCAGCCCCUCAUCUUCGACAUCGAAGUGCUCAAGGUGGAGGCACCCGGCUCCUACCAGCAGGACCCGUGGGCCAUGACGGAUGAGGAGAAGCUCCAGGCUGUACCCCUGAUCCACAAGGAGGGCAACGAGCUGUACCGGCAGGGCAAGGUGCAGGAGGCAGCUGCCAAAUAUUACGAUGCCAUCGCCUGUCUCAAGAACCUGCAGAUGAAGGAGCAGCCUGGCUCUCCGGACUGGAUCGAGCUCGACCAGAAGAUCACACCCCUGCUCUUAAAUUACUGCCAGUGCAAGCUGCAGUGCGAGGAGUACUACGAGGUGCUGGACCACUGCUCCUCCAUUCUCAACAAAUACGAGGACAAUGUAAAGGCCUACUUCAAGCGAGGGAAAGCCCACGCGGCGGUGUGGAACGUGACGGAGGCGCAGGCUGACUUUGCCAAAGUGCUGGCCCUCGACCCCUCGCUGCGCCCCGUCGUCUCCAAGGAGCUGCGGAGCCUGGAAGCCCGCCUGCGCGAGAAGGACGCCGAGGACAAGGUCCGCUUCAAGGGCAUCUUCUCGCAGUAGGGCCUGUGGCCGCAGCGGAGAGCCCAAUGCUCUCUGAACAGGUUCUUUUAGGUAUUCCACAUGUGGAAUGUUCAUGGAUGUUUAUUAAUGUUUAAUACAAGUUUUACUUAUUUGAAGUCAUUUGAAGUGGCCCGGGAGCUCGCCACAGCCCGGUGACACGG